CAAAUGGCGAUCGAACUCGUACCGUUGCCUUUGCCUGCUUCAGCCAACCCCGCUUACUUCUCGGAGUUCGGCCGCGAAGUUCGCGGUGUUGAUCCUGGUAACAUAGACACAGAAACGUUCAAGGAAAUUGAAGAGCUUCUAUACAAGGUAACAUCCAUUGCAGGACCCUGUUCCCAUCCCCCUCUCUGACAUGGUCAUUGUGAAUUUAUUCGUAGCAUUCCGUUCUUCUCUUCAAAAAUGCCAGACUUACUCCCGAACAGCAGUAUGCUCUAACGAAGGUAUGCUUGAUGUAUCGACGACGAGCAUCCCGACUGCCUCGAAUGUACAACUCUCCACAGGCCUUCGAUCCAACGUGCGAGAGUUAUGGACAUG